AUGGUGGAUAUGGUAGAGCUGAUCAAGAUAGAGCAAGAAGAUGGCACGGCUGUGGCCGGCGCCCAGGAGGAGAGAGGUGCCGAGAAACUCGGCAGCCACAAGGAGCAGAUCACAUCCGGGAAGGUGAAGAAGACGAGGAGGAAGCAGAGCGUCUCUGACCAACAAUGGAAGCGGGCUUGCAUGGAUUGCACAAAGAGGUGCGCCCGAGUCCACGGCCGCGCCGCUUCGUCCUCCUCCGACAAGGCUCCGCCGGCGACGCCGCCGUCUUUCUUCAAGGUCAUGAUGGGCCACUUCUCUGAAAACAUGGAGAUACCGCCGCCAUUUGCCAAGACCAUCGCGGACCUGGCGGGCUCCUACUUCUACCUCGAAGACGCCUUCGGGCUCCGGUGGCGGGUGCGCCUGUGCUGCUCGCUCGACAGCGGCCGCUUGUCGUUCGGGCAAGGUUGGAAGAACUUCGUGCUGGACCACGCCGUGGCCGUCGGCGAGUUCCUGGUGUUCACGCACAUCGCCAAGUCAGUCUUCGCCGUGCAGAUCUUUGCUAAGUCGGCCUGUGAAAGACUGUAUCUCUGCGAGAAGAACAAGAGGCAGAGCCGGAAGAGGAAGCCGAAGGAGAAGACGAGCUUGACCGGCGAUGGCACGGUGAGAGCGAGCAAAAAGAGCACCGUCGGUAAAGAUAAAUGCGGUAAGAAGAAACAGCGUACUGACUCUGAUCUGUUGGAUGAAGAUCAAGCUCACGAUGAUCAAGAUCAAGAAAAUGUGGCGGAUGCGUACACUGAAUCUGAGAAAUGCGAGGGGUCUAGUUUUCUGACAGGCGCGGAACUGAGCACGCCGUUGGCCAUGAUGAAUAUUGACGAUGAGAUCACGGAUGAUAUAUUUCUGACGGCUGAUGCAUACCAAUUCGAAGCUGAUCUCUGUAAUCAAGACACAGAAGCAUUUUCUGUGGAAACGGGUAUGAAUCAUCUCGCUGUUGCCCAUGGCCAAACUUCAGGUUUCAGUUGUGCAGAGCCGAGCUCAUGGAAUUGUGAAUCUUCCGUGGGAGUUUGCCUGGAAAAUAAAGAGAUCGCCGGUCUACCAGUAACAAGUACUGAUGCUGAUAAUGAUCCAGACAACAAAGAGUCACCAGGCAACGAAUUGUCAACAUUUAGAGCAGACAAAUCUUCUUGUGAUGUUGAUGCACAAGUGCCUCCUAGUGAACUUGUAGUCGAGACUUUCAAGAAGGAUGGAGAGUAUUCUUUGUCCCCACCUGGUGACAACCAUAACCCAGUUGAACGAAGACAAGAAGCUGCUUCUGCGAAGCAAGAUAUUGAACAACAAAUGCAAGAGGAUCCAGGGCAUAAUGUUGCAGAAAUUAUGCCAGGUGACACAAAUCCUGGUGAACUUUCUGAACUCAAUCAAGGAGAUCCUGCGCAAACUGGCAAAAACCUUGUCCUGAAAAGCGAGUGUCCGAAAACAAACAAUAGAAAGUUCUGCGUCGCGGUGCCCCCACCAGAUCAAACAUGGCUGGAGUUUCCUUGCCGGCUGCCAGUUCUCCCGAGAAGGAAGAAGCAUGGGAGGAAGGUGCUGGUAGUUGAGGAUCCAUGCACGAGACACUGGCCGGUGCUGUACCUGUGCACCCCCAGCUUCAGCGGAUUGGUUACAGGGUGGGCUGACGUCCAUGCAGAGAACGGCCUGAAUGAAGGCGACACCUGUGAGCUCGAGCUCCAUAGUAGCAACUCCAACCUGGCGCUCCGUGUGCGCGUGCCCGGUUCUCAGUAG